UCGUUUGAUGGAUUCCAACCUUGUACAGAAUGUCCUAAGAAUUAUUUUUCUGACAAAAAACAGUCCAUGGAUUGUUUAGAAUGUCCUUCAAAAACUAUGACCUUGGGAACAGGAAGUAAUAAUAAUUCCAGCUGUGUGGAUGCAGAACAAAUUCUUUGCCCAAGAUGUCUAAAUGGAGCCACUUGUAGAAUAAUCAAACAUGAUUAUGUGUGCGACUGCCCUUUGGGCUUCCAUGGCCGAGACUGUGACCAGAUACAGGAUCUGUGUUUCUCCAAGCCUUGUUACAACGGAGCAACCUGUAACAGCUUCAAUGGGACAUAUACAUGUAUAUGUCCUCCAGGUGUGAGUGGAGAUUAUUGCGAGGUGGAUCUUGAUGACUGUGGCAAUUUACCUUGUCAAAAUGGUGGAAUAUGUGUCGACGGACUGGCCAAUUAUACCUGUGUCUGUCUCAAACCAUACUAUGGCAACAAUUGCGAGUUCGAUAAUUCUACCGAUAUAUGUGUAUCUAUGCCGUGUGACAAUAGCGGUUCCUGUAUUGCUGUAAACAACCUGCGGAGGAAAUGUGACUGUCCUCCAGGCUUCCGGGGACUGGAUUGCGAGGUCAACAUUGAUGAAUGCGCCUCCUCGCCAUGUCUAAAUGGAGGACUGUGUGACGACGGGGAUUAUUCCUACACGUGUACCUGUCCACUGUACCAGGGAGAUAGGUGUCAGACCCCUAAGAUCACCUGUGACAGUCUUACCUGUGGAAAUGCUGAUGAGUGCUAUAAUGACUACAGGACGGGACUUCCUCAAUGUCUUUGUAACCCCGGCUAUACUUUAGAGCAAGGCCAGAGUGACUGUUCUCUUUUGGAUGUUUGUGCAUCUUCACCCUGUCAGAGGGGCGGGACGUGUAUUAACGUCCCCAUGGGUUAUAUCUGCCAAUGUCCCGAUGGGUACGGAGGAUCACUCUGUCAACAUGACCUUGACGACUGUUCCUCCCAACCCUGCGUCAAUAACGGAACGUGUGAGGACAGAUUCAACAACUUCACAUGUCACUGUUCUGUUGGAUACUCGGGUAACGAUUGUUCAUCAGACAUAGACGAGUGUCUGAGUAAUCCUUGUCAUCCCGCUGGAACACGAUUCUGUAAUAACACCUAUGGAGGCUUCAUCUGCUGGUGUAACGAGGGCUAUUCUGGCUUCAACUGCUCAGUAAAUACAGACACGGAUCCCUGUCUCACCAACCCCUGUCUUCACGGAGGUACCUGCCGAAGGCAGAAUACAGGGUUCGUCUGUGAGUGUAUGGAUGGCUGGACAGGGCAGCAAUGUGAAACAUUGGUUGAUUACUGUGUAGAUAUCGGCAACCCUUGCCUCAAUAAUGCCUCCUGUAUCAGUCUGCAAAAUGACUUCUUCUGCAGAUGUACGAUUGGUACCUUUGGUCGAUAUUGUGAUAGACUCCCCGACUUGUGUUUCCGCCUUGACCCGUGCUUAAUCCAUGCCAACUGUACGGCAGAGGGGGGAGUCUUUGCAGGAUGUUCUUGUCCUUCAGGGUUCCUUGGCAACGGUUGCCAGCUCAUAGAAAACCAAGAUUGUACCAGCAAUCCUUGUCGUAAUGGAGCCACGUGCUCACUGGAUCCUAACGGUUAUAUUUUGUGUAACUGUGUAGAAGGUUACUAUGGACACAACUGCCAGUAUGAUGUAGAUGAGUGCGAGAACGUCACGUGUCCAGGCCUAGGGACAUGCAUUGAUGGCAUAAAUCGGUACUUCUGUCGCUGCCCCCUGGGUAAAUUCCCUCCGGACUGUAUAGAAGAUGCCACACUUACAUACGACUUGUGUUUUGACUCGCCCCUUGGAAGUGCUUCUUUACCUUUUGGUAUACCAGUGAACAAUCGGUUCAUGUCGAUCAGUUUUUGGGUGAAAUUUUCAUCUAAAUCUGGAACGGGAACCUUCUACUCCAUGUUCGAACAAUCCGACCCCGAUCCUCUAACUGACCGUACGCUACUUUUCCGUCUAGCCCACGACGGUCUUCACACCUCGCUUAAUACCACCGAAGAGGACAUACUCACCUUUGGUUCGUAUGCCAUAAACAGCGGGGAAUGGCAUUUCGUGUUGAUCACGUGGGACACAACAGUUGGAGAGAUCGAAGUUAGAGCUAACACUGUACGUGUGGUUCACCUGACAGACUAUCACCGGGGCAAACUUCUCAAUCAAUUUUAUUGGAUCACACUAGGGGACGAGUUUUCGCCGGCCAGUCUGACGUCAGUUCCGGGAGAAGGGUUCGAGGGCUGUAUAUCUCAAGUGAACAUAUUCAGUCGUAUACUGGACACCAACACAGAGCUUCCAAGCAUGAUGUUUAACACUUUCGCUGAUGGUACCCACGGAGACAUCUUACAAUGGGCCGAGUUUGAACUUUGGGGACUUGUCAGGAGAGUUAGACCGUCUACUAGAUUGGAGCCUGUGUGUACUAGCUGUUCAGUUCUAGACAGGACCAACCUAAAUCUCACCUGUCCCCCGGAUGUAUAUCUAGAGUCUACACUCCCAUAUAACACUAUAACAUGGAGUUCACCUCAACACGAGGAGGGCGUCACACUGACGACAAACCUGCUGUCGGGAGCAGCACUGUCUUCUGGCAGACACACUGUGAUAUACGCGACAUCAGAUACCAACAACAACACAGCCGUCUGUUCAUUCAGGGUCUAUAUCAGAGAAAACAAUUGUGAGUUCCCCGAUUUAGUUGGAGGUGUUACUAAGACCUGCCAGAUAGAUGGUGCUGACAAUCGAUACACUGGCUGUUCCUUGUCUUGUCCUGCUCGCCUUCACACACUGAGUCAGGCCACGCCCUUCUACACCUGUGGACCUCUCGGGUGGUGGGAUACAGAGACAGACCAGACGUGCAGCCCUACCGUCCCCACAUGUACAAAUAUCACCUUAACAGCCCAAGUGAAUGUGAAAGUGAGGUUGGUGUACCCUACCACCCUAACAACAUGUAACCUGGUCAAGAAUAGUUUGGAGACGUAUAUACGCGAGGAUAUCCGUACCCUAGACAAGAAAUGGAACAACAUGCUGUGUACCGAGAACCAGUGUCAGGAUGUUGUCCUUGUCGUUACAUGUGACUCACCAGCUCCUGUAGUGGAGUUUGCCAUCAGUAAUGUCGGAAUGAAUUUAACAUCACUGGAUGGAGAUUCUAAAAGUCCUGAGGAGAUUUUUACUCAAGCACUUCUCGACCAGAACAGAUUCCACUUCCAGAGUCUGAUUCCAAACACUAACCCUGUGAUAGAACAGUCCACGAUAGAAUCUGUACCCAUCUGCCCUGAUGAACACCUACUUGUAGACUCUAUGUGUGUUACAUGUGGGUUAGGGAUGUACCUGAACAUGACCACUAAGUCAUGUCAACAAUGUACUAAAGGAUACUAUUAUGACGGUUUCUAUGGAAACACUUCCUGUAGGGCAUGCCCAGAAGGAACCACAACUCAGUGUCCAGCAGCAGUGUCUUUGGACCAGUGUCAUGCUGUAUGUGAGAGUGGAUCGUUCUUCAAUCUGACUUCUGGUUCCUGUGAGUUGUGUCCCCUUGGUACAUACCAAAACGAAACUGGACAGGUCCGAUGCUUAGCCUGUCCUUACGGCCAAACAACUCUUCAGAACGGCACUAUGGACAUCAAACUGUGUUUAGAUAUGUGUGCAUAUGGGUUUGAGAUCAUUCCCCAGGGAUCAUGCAGUAAGUGUAAGGUGGGGACCUAUCGUGGGGACGGGAACGGACCUCUGUGUAUUUCCUGUCCCCAUGGGUUCUCUACACUUGGCAACGGCUCACAGACAAUCCUUAAUUGUACAGUAGUUGUAUGUCCCCCCGGGUUUAGAGCAGACAGCACUAACACACAAUGUGAGCGAUGUCCAAUUGGACAAUACCAACCUAAAUGGAACCAACUGAAUUGUCUCCCCUGUCCUGAGAACACAACAACAGAGAUGAAUGGAGCAGAAAACGAGACAAUGUGUGAAAGGUUCUGUGAAUCUGGCUAUGAGUGGGCAGGUACGGGUUGUACAGCCUGCCCUGUAGGACAAUACAAAAACAAUAGUCACGGCUUGCUGAGUCGCUGUUUGACAUGUCCCGUUGGGUACGUCACACCAAGAGUCGCUUCCAUGUCAUCCGCAGAUUGUAACAUAUAUAAUUGUACAGAAGGAUCAAAGAUAAAUGCAAACAUUUCUGGAUGUGAGUUAUGUCCCUUAGGAGAAUACCAACCCAGGAAAUAUCAAACAGAUUGUCUCCCCUGUGCUAACGGGACUAGUACUCCACACAUGGGAGCAUCAAAAUGCGACGUAUUCUGUCCUUCCGGUCAGCAGCUGAAUGAUGGCCAGUGUCAACCUUGUGAUAUAGGUCAUUAUAAGAACAAUUCCGCGGGACUGUUUGAGGACUGUAAGCCAUGUCCUGUUGACUACAUCACUGCUAACAAGGGAGCGACCAGCGAGGAUAUGUGUGUUGUAGGUAACUGUACGUCCGGCCAAUACCUAGUGAACACCACCCUGAACUGUAAGGACUGUCCUGUAGGGACAUACCAACCGGGAAAGUGGCAGAUGGAGUGUAUUCCCUGCCCUGCCGACACCACCACGCAGGGGGAAGGGACAACCCAACGGUCACAAUGUUUCUUGUUUUGCGAUGCAGGAUAUUCAGGAGACAAUGCAACAUGUGACCCUUGUCCCGUGGGAUACUACAAGUCCAUGGCAGGUGCUAUACCCUGCUCGGUCUGUCCCUCGGGCAACAGAACACAGGGUACUGGUGCUACGGACGAGUCGGAGUGUCGUGUGGCGGCGUGUAAGCCUGGUACCUACUUACUGAACAAUUCCUGUGAAUUAUGUCCCUAUGGUCAAUAUCAGACUGAUCGAUGGCAGGAUGAUUGUGUCCCAUGUCCCUCCCAGACCACGACAUACAGACUUGGGGCAGCACUAGUGUCCGAUUGUAUCGUGGAAUGUGAUGGUGGGUUUGAAUACAACUACACCAGUAGUCUGUGUGAAAUGUGUGACCGGGGCUACUACAGAGACAAUGGUGACCCUAGCCAGGACCGAUGUCAGCCCUGUCCUACAGACACAAUAACCGCCAUGGGACAAAUCAGUACCAGCAUCCUCUUCUGUUUUAUGGCUAAUUGUACUAUUGCGGGUGAAUACCGUCACCCUGGUGAGAAUAGAUGUCGGCCCUGUCCAAUAGGCCAGUAUCAGGACCAAAGGUGGCAGGAUAAGUGUGAGAAGUGUCCAGACAACUAUACCACCUUUAUAGAAGGAGCAUCUUCCAGAAACCAUUGUCAAUUGGUUUGCGAACUCGGUUACCAGGAGGACAACAACGCAUGCGCGCCGUGCCCUGUAGGUACCUACAGACAGGAUGGCCAAUGGUGUCAGAACUGCUCCGUCGGCAGGACAACGUCAUCCAGGGCAGCGACAGACGUCAACCAGUGCGUGCCAAACUGCACACUAGGACAAUACUAUUCAGAGGUGAGUGGAACGUGUGAGUUGUGUGGUCGUGGGACGUACCAGGAUGAGCCGUAUCAGACAAAUUGUACACAGUGUGGAUUGGGAACCACAACAAGGACAGCCGGAGCUACGACCAGCGACCAUUGUCUGUCAUUUUGUCACAAUCUCAUCCACAACUGCUCUGAUCAUGCCCAUUGUGAGGUGUAUGGCAAAAGCUUUACAUGCAUGUGUCAUGCUGGUUACCUGGGUGACGGAUAUGUUUGUCUUCAUCGCUGUGACACUAUGGACUAUUGUUUGAACGGUGGAACGUGUUUGCUCGACGUCUCUCAGAGUAUUGGGUGUCAAUGUAACUUCAAGUAUACAGGGGACAGAUGUCAGUUCCGCCAAGACGUAGAUUCUAUUGCCCCACAGACAUGGACCAUCAUUGUAGGAUCCGUGGUCGGAGGCGUGGCUUUCCUCACUACUUUCAUCAUAGUGAGCGUGUUAGUCGGCGUCACUUACAGGCGCUAUCUAUCAAACAAGGCAAAGCUUCCUCGUAAAUCUAUGGAAAGCAGACACAAGUCCAGACCGUUCGCCACAAGAGCAACUCUAGGAAACUACAGCAAUUCCACAGGUUCGCCAUUCAGCUUAUCUGUAGAGAAGACAAACAAAUUCACAUGGAGUCCAAUAGAAGGGAACAGAGCUGACGCCAAAUAUAUCGAUACAGAUUAUGACGAUGCCGUGUACGAGCCGCCAGGAGAUCAGCCAUGAGCCAUGAGGAAUGUAUUUAUAAUGGACACAUGUAAAAAGUAUACAAUUAAAGCAUGUUGAUUAUUUCUAGGAUCAUCGAACUCAAAUACAGCGCGUCGUGGCGAUAUGGGAUUCGUGUCGACACAACACAAACAAUGUAUUAAAGUAAUGGUCUUCGUCUAGGAUCCCGCUUAACUAAACAUACAUAUAUUGCUUAUUAACAAAUUGCGAACUCCCGGAGAAAGUUUUGUCUAACUAAGUGGUUCUCUGUCAUUUGCUAUUAAAACAGGUUCAUACAUCCUUUACAAGAAAGGAAAUGUAAAUAUUGUAAAUCAAAUUGUGUUGAGGAUGAAACUCACUUUUUUAUUGACUGCGAUUUUCAUUCUGAUAUUAGACUUAUGGUUUUCGAUAAGGCAGAAGUGAUAUCACAAUUUUUUUUAAACUUUUUGAAUAGUAAAGAUAAGCUGAUAGUUCUUAUGAAAGAAGAUCAUUUACAAAAAGAUGUCGCAAAAUCAUUGUUUUAUAUGCAUCAGCGAAGACAGAACAUUUUAUCAAAUGUUUAUUAAAAUGAUUAUCAUAAGAAAAUAUUACAUGUACAGUAAUAGUGUCUCAUAAGCCAAAUAUGGCUGGGUAUUGAUGUAUUUUAAUGUUUUAAUGAACCUAUGUAUUUUAUGUAUAAUGUAUGUAUCAAUACGUGACACUUUAAUAAACAGCGUUGAAUCAUUAUCGUUCUAUGUAACUUAGUGUAAUAUAUUCCCGGUUAAUGAUAUAUAGAUUGUCUGUACUGAUUCUAGAUCACCAAUUUAACUUUUACAACAAGUUAAGCCUGGCGAGUGUCGUAGUGACCUAAAUUUAUAUGGAGGGUGUCGUAGUGACCUAGAUUUGUAUGGUGGGUGUCGUAGUGACCUAGAUUUGUAUGACGAGUAUUGUUUGUGAAGUUGAAGACGCUUACUAUUCAGGAUCACCUGGUCUUAUUCCUGUACAUGAGUCUCCGUGUAAAUCUUCUUUUUUUUUUUAAAUUUAUACCCUGCCCUCGUUUAAUUGAUUUGAGUUUGAUUUAUUGCUCCCUGCUCAUGUUGGUAUUCUUUGUUGUUCUUGUAAUUAUCAAUUAAUUGUAAUUUUUGUAAGUAUCAUUUGUAUUGGUACAUAUUUUUCUAUGUUCCUCGGACAAUAAGUGUUUGUUUGUUUGUUUUUUUGUAAUUUUCGAUCCGUAAUCAUAUUAACGUACUGGAAUUUACAUAACAUGAUGAGCAUGACGAUCUUUGGAUAUUUACUUACUGAUAAGUUAUAUUGUUUUUCAUAAUUUAUAGAAUAAAAUCUUACAUUUC